UUCUUGUCACACUCCUAUAAGUAGGGGAAGAAAUUAAGAAAAACAUACUAAAAAGUAUCAGCAAUUCCUUCAAAAAAAUGGCAUUCCCCAAUGGUGUAGAAUCUAGACAAGAACUUGUUGACGCUCAAGCUCAUGUUUGGAACCACAUUUUCAACUACAUAAACUCCAUGUCCCUAAAAUGCGCGAUAGAACUAGGCAUAGCCGACGCCAUCCACAGACACAACAAGCCUAUGACACUUUCCCAAUUAGCUGACGCCCUCUGCAUCAACAAGGCCAAAACGGAUGCCCUCUUUCGUCUUAUGCGGAUUCUACUCCAUUCCAACUUCUUCGUCAAGGUCAAGACCGAGGAAAACGAAGACGAAGAAGCUUAUUGUCUCACACGGGCUUCUCGUCUCCUUUUGAGAGACGAGCCCAUGAGCAUUGCCACUUUUGCAGUCGCCAUGCUCGAUCCUAUCUUCGUUGAUCCAUUCUAUCACGUGAGCGAAUGGUUUGGAGAUAAUCAUCCCACUCCAUUUUUCACUAAAAAUGGGACAAAUAUGUGGGAGUAUGCAGGGGCUGAGCAAAGCAGCAAUCAACUGAUUAAUGAGGCAAUGGCGAGUGAUGCAAGAUUUGUGAGUAGCAUACUUGUUCAAGAAUGCAAGCAAGUUUUCGAGGGGCUGAAAACGUUGGUGGACGUCGGAGGUGGCACGGGUAUGGUGGCGAGAGGAGUCGCCGCUGCCUUCCCGGGCUUGAAAUGUAUUGUGUUGGAUCUUCCACAUGUUGUUGUUGGCUUGGAAGGAUCCGAGAGAUUGAGCUUUGUUGGUGGGGACAUGUUUGAGUUCAUUCCUCAUGCAGAUGCAGUUUUUCUCAAGUGGAUAUUGCACGACUGGAACGACGAAGAAUGUGUUGGAAUACUGAAGAAAUGCAAAGAAGCCAUAGCUCCGAGCAAGGGCAAGGUGAUUAUUGUGGACAUGAUUGUGGGUGAUGAGAGAGAAGAACAUGAAGCAACCGAAACUAAGCUCCUUAUUGAUGCUUUGAUGAUGGCUGUUGUUACAGGGAAAGAAAGAACUGAGAAAGAAUGGGCCAAGCUCUUCGUUGCUGCUGGCUUCCAAAAAUAUAACAUCACUCCUGUCUUAGGAUUGAGAUCUGUGAUUGAGGUUUUUUUUUAAUUGUGUUUCGUUUAUCGUCGUGUCCUCGUGUUUCAAAUAACGCUUUUCAUCUCCUA